GUCCAGGUAGAGAAGAAAGAAGCUGAAGAGGGUGGAAAGGACAAAAAGAAUGACCAGGAGAAAGGAGAGGAAGCUGCCACGGAGAAUGAGGACAAGGAAGAAAAGAAAAGGGAGAAGGAGGAGUCCAGUCCUGAAGGAGGCAGUAAGGGAGAGAAGGAGGAGAAGGAUGAGGAGAAGGUGGAGAAGUCAGCAGAGGAGGAAGACAAAGCUCCCAGAGCUCCACGCCGGCCCAAGACUAUGCAGAUCAAAGUCACCCUACUGGACGACACUCUGUAUGCAUGUGAGCUGGAUAAACAUGCCAAAGGCCACGAGCUGUUCAUGAAGGUGUGUGACCACCUCAACCUGCUAGAGAAAGACUACUAUGGCCUGGCCAUCUGGGGGACCCCCACCAUGAAGACUUGGAUGGACCUUACCAAGGAGAUCCGCAGGCAGGUACAAGGUGCCAACUAUAAUUUCACCUUCAAUGUGAAAUUUUAUCCACCGGACCCAGCCCAGCUGUCUGAAGAUAUAACAAGGUACUACCUGUGUCUCCAGCUGCGGAAGGACAUCCUGCAGGGCCGCCUUCCCUGUUCCUUUGUCACCCUGGCCCUGCUGGGGUCCUAUGCCCUGCAGUCAGAGCUGGGCGAGUACGACCCUGAGGUGCAUGGCAACGAAUAUGCUAAGGACAUGAAAAUGGCCCAGGGUCAGACCAAGGAGCUGGAGGACAAAAUGAUGGAGCUUCACCAUACAUACAGGUCAAUGAGUCCAGCCCAGGCAGACCUGAUGUUCCUGGAGAAUGCCAAGAAACUCUCCAUGUAUGGAGUGGACCUCCACCAGGCCAAGGAUCUAGAUGGUGUUGACAUUAUGCUGGGGGUUUGCUCCAGUGGUCUGAUGGUUUACAAAGAGAAACUGAGAAUCAACCGUUUCCCCUGGCCCAAAGUUCUCAAGGUCUCAUACAAACGUAGCAGUUUCUUCAUCAAAAUAAGACCAUCUGAGGUGGAACAGUAUGAAAGUGCAAUUGGAUUCAAACUACCCAAUUAUAAGGCAGCCAAGAAGCUGUGGAAAGUAUGUGUUGAACAUCAUACCUUCUUCAGGCUGACCUCCACUGAGAUGGCCACCACUCCUAGGAAGUUCCUGGCUUUGGGCUCUAAGUUUCGCUACAGUGGUCGGACUCAGGCUCAGACCAGACAGGCAAGCUCUCUCAUCGCCAGACCAGCUCCUCUAUUCCAGCGCUCCUCCAGCAAGAGGAACUCACACAGCAUGGAUGGAGUCAUGGCGUCCACUCCGGACAAUAAAUCCACUCGUCCAGUCAGUGCCCCCAUUAUGUCACCAAUGUCUCCUGAGGAGGCUACCCCGUCACCACUGCUACACACCCUGCCUCGCUCUGACGGUUCCACACCCAAAGGCCACCGAUCUGCAGACAGGAAGGCAGAGGUAAAGGCGGAAGGUCAGCCAGCCAAGUACACCAAGAGCCACAGUCCCAGACCAGAGCCCACUCCGGAAAUCAAGACAGUGGCCAGGAGAGAGCGGAGGCACUCCCCAUCUGUGACCACUGCCAAUGGGGCAAGAGAGAGUCAGCACUCUCCUCAGGACAAAACAAAGACGGAGAUGGUGCGAGUGAGGAAGAAAAGAGCUAAGAAACUUGAGGGUGAAACUAUUUACAUCAGACAUAGCAAUUUAAUGUUGGAGGACAUGGAUAAGACCCAGACUGAGAUCAUGCGUCACCACACUAGCAUCAGUGAGCUGAAGAGGAGUUUUAUGGAGUCGGUACCGGAGCCUCAGCCAAGUGAGUGGGACAAGCGUCUUUCCACCAACUCGCCUUUCCGCACAGUGAGCAUCAAUGGCCAGCUGCAACCAGCGGUGAGUCCAGCAACCUGAAGAGGAAAUACACAGCAGCAGUACUAUUGACAGUGUCAGAUCAUCCAUAUAGUCUGUCAGUAAAAAGCUUCCAAGUUGUUGAAAUGUGUGUUUCUUUAUGUCAAUUUAGCUAUGCUAGCAGAUUCAUCUGCUUCCAGUCUUGUGCUAAACUAGG